AUGGAGGAAGGAAUGAACGUUCUCCAUGACUUUGGGAUCCAGUCAACACGCUACCUCCAGGUGAAUUACCAGGACUCCCAGGAUUGGUUCGUCUUGGUGUCCGUGAUCGCUGACCUCAGGAAUGCCUUCUAUGUCCUCUUCCCCAUCUGGUUCCAUCUUCGAGAAGCUGUGGGCAUCAAACUCCUCUGGGUAGCUGUGAUUGGAGACUGGCUCAACCUUGUCUUUAAGUGGAUUCUCUUUGGACAGCGCCCGUACUGGUGGGUCCUGGACACCGACUACUACAGCAACACCUCCGCGCCACUGAUCAAGCAGUUUCCGGUCACCUGUGAGACCGGACCAGGGAGUCCCUCCGGCCAUGCCAUGGGUACAGCAGGUGUAUACUAUGUGAUGGUCACAUCCACUCUCUCUAUCUUUCGGGGAAAGAAAAAGCCGACCUACAGAUUUCGGUGCUUGAACGUCAUUUUGUGGUUGGGAUUCUGGGCCGUGCAGCUGAACGUCUGUCUGUCAAGAAUCUACCUUGCUGCUCAUUUUCCCCAUCAGGUUGUUGCUGGAGUUUUGUCAGGCAUUGCUGUUGCUGAAACUUUCCGCCACAUUCAGAGCAUCUACAAUGCCAGUCUCAAGAAAUACUUUCUCAUUACCUUCUUCCUGUUCAGUUUUGCCAUUGGAUUUUACCUGCUGCUAAAGGGGCUGGGUGUAGACCUCCUGUGGACUCUAGAGAAAGCCAAGAGACGGUGUGAGCAGCCAGAAUGGGUUCACAUUGACACCACGCCUUUCGCCAGUCUCUUCAAGAACAUGGGGACCCUCUUUGGCCUGGGACUGGCUCUCAACUCCAGUAUGUACAGAGAGAGCUGCAAGUGCAAGUUUAGCAAGUGGUUUCCAUUCCGCCUCAGCUGCAUCGUGGCCUCCCUCGUCCUCCUGCACCUCUUUGACUCUUUGAAACCCCCAUCCAAAAUCGAGUUGAUCUUCUAUGUCCUGUCCUUCUGCAAGAGUGCGGCAGUGCCCCUGGCAUCUGUCAGUCUCAUCCCCUACUGCCUCGCCCGGGUGAUGGGCCAGCCGCACAAGAAGUCUUUGUAA